UUCAACCGCAACUACAACUAAAAUUUUGCCUCUCCGUCCGCUCCAUUGUGCAUAUGCUAAUUCGGUUUGAAUGGCUACAAAUUUAGCAAGCAAAUGCUGUAAAUUGUUUCGCACAAGCAACUACAACAACACGAGCAAAAACCACAAUAAAGCUGACAGUGAAAAUGCCUAACACGCUGGACGAGCUGGACGAUCGCGAUUUGCAGGUCAAUAGUUUGCAAAAUGAAUUGCAUGCGCUCAAGGAAUUGCUGCAGGCUAGGGAUAACGAGCUAAUCAAAUUGCGUCGCGAAAUACAUAAACUAAAGAGCGUUUUGCAGCAAACGGCUGGCUCGCACCACAAUCAUAGCCGUAACCACAAUGAGUUGAAGCCAAACAAAAAGCAACAUCAGCAACCCGAACAAUGUGCGGAAGUGACGAGCAGCGGGGAGUCCGGGUGCGGAGUGUGCGGCGCCAACAGCAAGGAAAACCAGCCGCUGACAACAAUUGAUGAGCGGCCCAAGCCACUGCCGGCAACUGUUAUUAAGAAGCAGGGUGUCUCGGCCGAGAGCAGCGUGCAGUCUAAGCAGCAGACGCACAGUGAGCCCAUUCCCAAAUAUGAAAAGGAUUACAGUGCGAAGCAGCAAAUCAAAGACGCCAUCAUGGACAAUGACUUUUUGAAGAAUAUCGAUGCCUCACAGGUGCGCCAGCUAGUCGACUCGAUGUAUCCGCUGAGCAUUGGCAAGGGCGAGUUUGUGAUUCGAGAGGGCGAGGUGGGCGCCCAUUUGUAUGUGUCCGCCUCGGGCGAGUUCGAGGUCGUCCAGCAGGGCAAGGUGUUGCACAAAAUGGGGCCAGGCAAGGCCUUCGGCGAACUCGCCAUUCUCUACAACUGUACACGCACCGCCUCCAUACGUGUGGUGAGCGACGCACGUGUCUGGGUCCUGGAUAGACGGGUCUAUCAGCAGAUUAUGACGCGCAGUGGCCUGCAGCGUUUGGAGAACAGCGUGCAUUUUUUAAAGUCUGUGCCCCUCUUGCGCAAUCUGAGCGAGGAGUUGAUUACCAAAAUCGCCGAUGUCCUGGAGCUGGAAUUCUAUGCCGCCGGCACUUAUAUCAUACGACAGGGCGCGGCCGGAGACACAUUCUUUCUGAUCUCGCAGGGCAAUGUGCGUGUGACACAGAAGCUGACACCAGCAGCCCUGGAGGAGACGGAGCUGCGAACACUGGAGCGCGGAGACUAUUUUGGCGAGCAAGCACUGAUCAAUGAGGAUCGACGCACAGCGAACAUUAUUGCAUUGCCGCCGGGGGUAGAGUGCCUGACGCUGGAUCGUGAGUCAUUUAAAAGAUUGAUUGGAGACUUGUGUGAGUUCAAGGAGAAGGACUAUGGCGAUGAGAGCCGCAUACUGGCCAUGAAGCAGGCAGAGAAGACUGCGCAAUCGGAACUAUUUGGUGCGCAUGUGCAGCAGCAUUUUCCGAACUUGAAACUAACCGAUCUAGAAGUGGUGAGCACUCUGGGUGUGGGCGGCUUUGGACGCGUUGAAUUGGUAAAGGCAUAUCACGAGAAUCGCGUGGACACUUUUGCGCUAAAGUGCCUGAAGAAGCGACACAUUGUGGACACCAAGCAGGAGGAUCACAUCUUCAGCGAGCGCACAAUUAUGCUUAGCUGUGAUUCCCCCUUCAUUUGUCGGCUGUAUCGCACUUUUCGCGAUGAGAAGUACGUCUACAUGCUGCUGGAGGCUUGCAUGGGUGGCGAAAUCUGGACGAUGCUGCGCGAUCACGGAUCCUUCGAUGACAAUUCGGCGCAGUUUAUUGCGGGCUGCGUGCUCCAGGCCUUCGAGUAUUUACACUCUCGUGGCAUUAUCUAUAGGGACUUGAAGCCGGAGAAUCUGAUGCUGGACGAGCGCGGCUAUGUUAAAUUGGUGGACUUUGGCUUCUCCAAAUAUAUUGGCAAUAGUGCGAAGACUUGGACCUUCUGCGGCACUCCAGAGUAUGUGGCACCAGAAAUUAUCCUAAACAAAGGACACGAUCGUGCCGUGGACUAUUGGGCAUUGGGCGUGCUGGUGCAUGAGCUGCUGAAUGGAACUCCUCCUUUCGGUGCACCGGAUCCCAUGCAGACCUACAAUAUAAUUCUCAAGGGCAUAGACAUGAUCACAUUUCCCAAACACAUCUCGCGCUGGGCUGUGCAUCUCAUCAAGCGAUUGUGUCGGGAUGUGCCCUCAGAACGUUUGGGCUAUCAGGCGGGUGGAAUUCAAGACAUCAAAAAGCAUAAAUGGUUCCUGGGUUUUGAUUGGGAUGGACUGGCCAGUCAGUUGCUGAUACCACCCUUUGUGCGACCCAUUGCUCAUCCCACGGAUGUUCGGUACUUUGACAAGUUCCCCUGCGAUCCCAAUGAGCCGCCAGACGAGCAAUCCGGCUGGGAUGCCGACUUUUAGGAUAUGUUUAUUAAGUAGUUCAGUCUAGUCUGCAUUUUAUUUGUAUUGAGCGUUUAGUGCAAAAAAGGUUUACAUAUUAUCAAAUUUUCUAUUAUUUAUUUAUUUA